CUUGGUUUCGACAAACUGCGCUUGCGCACUAGCGAUUUAGCAUCAUGGCGGAGUCGUUACGAAAAUACGAGCUAAUUUUCGGCGACUGAGAGACUUCAGAAAUAAAAACACAGAUGAGAACAUGCCUAGCGACAAGAAAAUAACCAAGGAAGACACAUGGAGACCAGCUGACCUGAGGAGACACAUCAGGGAGGAAGGGCAUGUUGAUGAGAGAAAGCCUCGGGGAGGGGAGUCCAUAGAGAGACGCCGCAGAGACCCAGAGAAGGAGUCCAGACGAGAGAGAGACAAGCACAGGGACAGGGAGAGCACGAGAGAGAGACGAGAUGAAGACGACAGAGACGGACAUGCAGAUCGGCGAAAAGAGGGCUCCCGGGACAGGAGAGGCGAUAAGGAGAGGGAUAGAAGAGAUGAGAGGGAGAAAAGAAGGGAGAGGGACAAGUUGGUGGAUGGGAAGAGGUACGACGAUGAUCACAAGGAGAGCAGAGACCGGAGGCGAGAAAGGGAGGAAAAGCAUGAAAGGGAGAGGGACAGGGAAAGACACAGAGAGAAGGAGAAAGAGAGGGAAAGGGACAGAGAGAGAGAGAAGGAGAAAGAGAGGGAAAGGGACAAGGAGAGACGCAACGAGGAGUACAUGGACAAAAGGAGGGAAGAGAGAGACAAGGAAAGAAGGAGAGAAGAGCGGGACAGAGAGCACAGAGAGAGGGAGAGAAGGAGACACGGGGAAAGCGAAGAGGGGGAAAGAGAUCGGUUAGAAAAGCACGAGAGAGAGAAGAGAGAUCGGCGUAGAGAGAGAGAGCGACACAAAGAUGACGAAGACAAGAGGAAUGACAAAGAAAGACGAGAGAGACACGGAGACAGGAAGCAUCUGGAACUGAAGGAGGAAAGAGAGCACAAAGAAGAACAUAGAAGACAUAAAGAGGAGAGAGAGAGGCGGCACAAAGAGAGAGGACAUCCUGAUGAAAAGCGGAAGCACGACAGUGAAUCCAGAGGGCAGCGAGACUCGAAGGGGUCAGGUGAAGAGGUCAGGCAUCACCGCGGCGACAGAGAGCGAGCCGAAGGGGACGAACACAAAGAGAGAAAGCACAGAGAGGAGGAGGACGCAGGCAGAAGUCAUCACAGAGACAGGGACAGCUCUAAGAAAUCAGCGUCUGACAAAAGUCAAAGACACGAGACUAAAACUGAGGAUGUAGCAAAAGUAUCUGAAGACUGGACAGCUAGUGUGAAAGCUGCAGGAGACACAGAGGAGCCUGUUGUCAAUGAUGAAGAUCCGGCUGAACAGGACUAUGAGGAUGACUUUGAGAAACUGGAUUAUGAGGAGGAUUUUGAGGAGAUGGAUGAGAGCUCAAAUGAAGGUGAGGAUGAGAAGGAGCCACAGCGUCCAGAGGUGGGCGAGAAAAGGGAGGAACUUACAGCACAAAAGAGAAAGGAAAUUGAAGCAAUUCAGAGAGCCAUGGAUGAAGAGAACGAGCGAGUGGGAACAGCUCAGUCCAGAGAAUUAACGAACAGAGAGGAGGAAGAUGAGCCUAAGUGGUCCAGAGGAUCUGAAAGGAACCAGAGUAGAGCAUCCCAGCGUGGGAAGUUUAUCGACUUUGUGGCCGCAAAGCAGCGUGAAGUCAGCAAGAAAGUUGCCACAAAACAGAAGAAACGCAGUACGGAGCUCCUUCGCUUGAUUGAUCUGGAUUUCUCAAUGACAUUCUCCCUUUUGGAUCUGCCACCUGUGAAUGAAUAUGACAUGUACAUCAGAACCUUUGGAACUGCAAACACUAAGCAGGCUUACGUUCAGUGUAAUGAGGAUAAUGCAGACCGAGACAUCCAGACAGAGGAGAUAGAGGUGUUUGAGAAGUGGACACAGCAUCCUCCAGAGCACAAUGGAGCCUGUGGUGAUCCGAACCUCUCCCAGGAAGCACGAGACAAAACCACAAGUGAAAUCAACUUUGAUUCGCAGCGCCUGACGGCAUUUCUGCACUCGGCCUCACAGGUCAUGGUUGUCCUGUUGGAAGAGGAUCAAGCUGAGAGAAAAUCCCUGAGAAAGCUGAGAUCUCAAACGGACACUCUAUCUUUCAGCGAUGGAAGUUUACAACUCAACACCAAGUUGCCUUUCCUUUAUGGUCGCAGCGUCAGCCUCUUGCACUUCUCUCAGGUCCAGAGGCAGACCAUGAUGUCAGUCCACAGCCCUACAACCGAGCCCAGUCCUGUUCGUCUUGACAGCUGCACGAUCAUCUGCAUCUGGAACAUCUGGGAGCCGUCCAGACCUCAAAAAGUCCUUGUCUACGAAUCCGAGGUGCAGUGCUGUUGCUUCAGCCCUGGAAAGGCCAUAUUGGUGUUUGCAGGCACAUCAGUCGGCUCUGUGGUGCUGUGGGACCUGAGGGAACACGCUAGUAACCAUUACAGCUUGAAGAUAGGGGAGGAUGAGUGGACUUUCCGACAGCCCAGCUUCUCCACUGAUGCAGUGAUGGCCGGCUCUGGCCAUUUCUCAUCUGUGACGUCUGUAGAAGUUGUCCCCUCCACUGUAGCAGGGGGGCUGAGGCCAGAGGUCCCCCUUUUGGCAUCUGAGGAAGAGUCAUCAGGAUUGUCAUUCCAGCUGGCUUCUCUGGACGAAACCGGGGUUUUAAAUUUCUGGGUGGUAGUGGAACUCCCCAAAGCCAACGAGGCAGGUUCUCCAACAGAUCUAGGGCUCAGGCCUGGCAGCAAAGUGAAGUUACUUCACAGCUCCUCCCUCCUCACUGCUGAGAGGGUGUCACCGCGAGAUGCAGCGAAAACAGGGCCGUUACAGACACUUCAUUUAAAGUUCCUUCCAACAGACUCCAAUCACUUCUUUGUCGGCACCAAUAUGGGUCUGGUGAAUCAUGGAACGAGUCACGGUUUGAAGGCUCCACCGAAGUUUUACAGGUUUCAGGAGGCUGGAGUCCGACCUGUUGACGUCAGCUCAAUCCACUUUUCUCCCUUCAUGCAACACUUGUUCUUGGUGGGUUGUGGAGACGGCAGCAUCAGGCUGCACGCAGUCAGCCAUGAGCAGCCUGUGGCAGAGUGGAGGAAUGGUACAGCUGGUGAACCAGUGGUCUCACUGCACUGGGCCCAGACCAGACCAGCAGUCUUCUGUGUUCUCGAUGCAGCCUCUAACCUCCACAUAUGGGACCUGCUGAAAAAUGAUACAGAGCCUGUGGUCACUGAAAGGAUUAUUUCUGACAGGGUGACUGCCAUGGCUGUGUUUGGAGACUCAGGACAACAAAACACAUAUUCAGGAAUAGCACUGGCACACGAGUCAGGAACAAUAGAAAUGCAGUAUUUCACGAGAAACCUUACUGCGCCCAUUACUGCAGAGGAGGAGAAGUUGGAGAGUAUGAUGACUGAAGCCUUCUGAAACACUGCAUCAAAGAUUUUUAAACUCCGGAAAGCAUAAAGAUCAAUUUAUAAAUCUGAUUUUGUCACAGUCACUUUACAGUAUAUGUCCUGUUUUAAUUUGAUGUGUGUUUUCUUCUUAAAUCCAUGAAACACGCCUAGAAAAUCUAAUAUUAACAUUAGCUAUGAGAACAAUGUGGCUAAAUACCAAAGAUCCUUUAUAGGGGCCACAACUUAUUUAAUAUAAAUACAUUAUAAGAAACAAAUAAUGUAAAUGCUUGUUGAUGUAAAUAUUUGUACUGUUUGAUUAAUGUGAAAUAUUUGUACCGUAUUAACAAGUUUAAUUUUUAUACAAUAAACUGAGUAUA